UGAUCGUCGACUCAAGACAAAAAUUAAAUCCAUAUGAUUGCAUUAAAAGUGACCCAAUCGGAAUUUCCCCCGAAAUUUGAUAUUAUGGCAGAUUUUGAAUUAAAAUUAAAUUUAUUUUCAAGCCACCUGUCAAUUCUGAACAGUUUAGGAUGAUCUAUGCUUGACAUGAGUUACGAUUGACUAAUGUGAACUGCAUGUUCUCGAAAGAAAGAAGCCAUUUGGUCACCUAAAAAUGCCCGUAACCAAGCAACAUGAAACUCUGAAUAAUCACUUUGGCUCCUCAUUUGUCACUGCUUGACUUUUGUUGACUUAAUUUGAAUUACCUACUGAUAAAAUAGUGCUUAUUCAUUAUAAAAUAUCCGGUUUAAAUAGAGACCAACUAGACAUAGUAGACAGAAUGCGGGACAAGGGAUUCGGAUUUAUCCAAAUCGCCUAUUUUUUUAAUACUACGCGGCAAAGUAUUUAUCGAGCCCUUCGUCGACGCCAGGCUGGUGACAUUAAUUACCGCAGAAGUGCAGGAAGAAAGCAGAAAACAACAGAAUCGCAAGACCGACAUCUCAAAAAAAUGCUUCUGGAGUCCAUAUCUCCAACCAGACGGCUAGAUGAGGACGGCCUUCAGUCCAGAAGACGAGCAGCUUGCCCUCUGCUGAAACGUAAACAUCGGGCUAUUGGAUUGCGAUCGGCAAGAGAACAAGAAGACUGGGGAAUAGCGGAAUCGAGUAGAGAAGAAGGAACGAAAUAUUCAUGGAACAGCACAUGGAAUCAAGGGUAGCUUUUGGUGGUGGAGGAGUUACUGCUUGGGGUGGAAUAAGAAGAAGAUGUGUUAGGGAUAUUGUGGUACCCUAUGCUGACAAUGUUUUUUUUUUUCCUUUUUUUAUUAUCUCACAGUAAUAUUACAAACU